UUGAAUUCUAGCUUUGCUAAUUUCUUUAGACCAGGCCACAAUGAAUUUCCUUGCAAAUCCUUUAGUCUCGGCAUGGAUGGCUUGCCUUUGAAUGAGACAAGGAGGUGGAUUAAUUGAGGGAAAUGGAUGCCAGUGCUUCUCUUGUGGUAUAUCAGGAGCUGGACCAUCUUAUAGGCUGAUUUAUUAUUCUACUUUGGAUAGUUCAUGACCUAUUCCAAAACUGCAGAUGCGAACAUAGCAUGGAUGAAAAUGAAAAUAUGCAGUGGAUGGCGUUGUUUUCUGUUUGGUCUUCCUCUUAUUUUCUUUCUUCCCCAUCUGUUAUCUGUCAUGGAGUUGCACCAAAAUUCAAGUGUGCAGGAACGCCAGAAGACACUUCAAAAGAAAUUUGAUCAUCUGGUUCUUGGUUCUGCUGCUGGUCAAGGCUUGCCUAAUCGUUUACAAUGCCAAGGAACAAAAGCUCUCAACAAGACUCACUCUUCUCAUAAUGUGUCACUUGUCGAGGACAACAUUGCAUUUGUCACUGUCUUUACUGUUUACAAUUCUUCUGCUAGCAACGUAGAUGAUAGAUCAUCAAACACAGUUAUUGGGGGUUCUUCAUAUAAUAAGGUGCAGAGGUCAAUGGCUGUAUUAGAUGUCUUCAUUAACUUCAUUCAGGUGACAAUGCCCCGGAGCAGUGUGAUCAUUCUUACUGACCCAGCAUCUGACUUUUCGUUGCACAAAAAUAGGGUCUUUCUUUAUCCUAUUCAAGGUGAAUAUUCACGGGACAAGUUGAUGCUUCAAAGGAUCAGGUCUUACAUUAGCUUCUUAGAAACAAAGCUUCAGGAGCUUUCUCAGAGGCCAGGGGAUGUUACACACUAUAUCUUCACUGAUUCUGAUAUAGCAGUGGUUGAUGAUUUAGGACAUGUUUUCCAUGACCAUGAAAAUUUUCAUCUGGCUUUGACCUUUAGGAACAAUAAGGCUCAACCUUUGAAUUCAGGAUUCAUUGCAGUGAGGGGUACCGCUGAUGCAAUUUUGAGGGCAAAGCUUUUCCUACAAGAGGUUUUGAAAAUUUACAGCUCAAAAUUCAUGAAAGCUUCCCGGAUGCUGGGUGAUCAAUUAGCUCUUGCUUGGGUUGUAAAGUCCCAUCCUUGUUUUGAUUCCAGCAGGUUUUCAAAGGCGCUGCCUUUCACUGAAGACAUUGGUGGUACAUCGGUAUUGUUCUUACCUUGUGCCAUAUACAACUGGACGCCACCUGAGGGUGCUGGUCAAUUUCAUGGCAUGCCCUUGGAUGUUAAGGUUGUACACUUUAAAGGAUCAAGAAAACGCCUCAUGCUUGAAUCUUGGAACUUCUAUAAAUCCUCUCCCAUUACUGCAGACAUGUUAUGCUUCAUUCUGGCAAGUGGAAGAACCAAGUAUGAUUUUUGAAGUUCGCUUGAGAAAUACUUGAACCGGAUACUGUGCAGACAUGGCUUGCUAACUUCUCAAAAUUGAGGGACAACUUAGGAGAAUGGUAUAGCUGGGAACCUCGGCUAGAUUAUUGAGCAUGAGAUUUUUUUUUUUUUUCUAACCCAAAUAUCUCCGCCCCAGGUUCGAGUGUGAUAGACUUUUUUCGCCCUUUUAGUGAGUUAUUAGCAUAUUUGUAAGCGACAAAUAUAUUUCAUUCAGACCCCAUGAAGAUAAUAUGGCAUGUAAUGGCACUCGCAUUUUUUGCCUUAACUUCUGCCAAUAUUAAACUCCUAUUUAUUACUGUCUUGAAA